AUGAGCUUCUUCCUUGGUAUUGAGGUGGAGAAACAACCCUCUGGCACUAUGAUCCUCAAGCAAGCAAAGUAUAUUAGAGACCUGUUGAAGCGAGCAAGCAUGGUUGAUGCCAAACCCACACCAACACCGAUACUUAGCAGUCCCCGAUUAUCCGCCACUGAUGGAAAUGCAUUUGAGAAUCCAUCACUUUAUCGCUCAGUCGUUGGAGGGCUUCAAUAUGCAACACUUACAAGGCCGGACAUUGCCUAUGCCGUAAAUAAAAUCUCGCAAUAUAUGCACUCACACACUGAUGUGCACUGGAAGGCUGUGAAGCGCAGACUACGCUAUCUUGGCGGCACCAUAAGAUAUGGCGCUUUAGAUCAACAAGCGCAAGGAACUAAGGAUCUUAGCCUUUUGUGA